CCGUGCGUCAUGCCGACCGUAACUUUACCGUUCAGUCACUUUGGUAUCUUCUCUUGCCUUCCGGGGCCAACCUUCAUCCAUACUUACUCUAGGGCCAGAUGCAUCAUAUUCAAUAGAAUGGCAACAUAACUUACUCACUAUCAGUAGAUAUGGAUUGAUUCGAUGCAUGCAACAUACAAAGCACAUAUCAACAAAUUCUGAGACUAACCAAACAUCUCCAUCUCCAUAUUCAUCCCCACCCCUACCAAAGCCCUCUCUCACUCUCUCACAAAAUCAAUUCCUUCAAAGUGGCAAAAAGUACAUACUCUCAAACCCUGUAACCAGCAAGUAGAUAAUCUAGAAAGAACUCUGACUGACUCGACUCAGAGCAACCCAACCACCACAAACCCCAGAUCUCCUACCCAUGACCAACACAUCGGGAACCAUGCAUAGCCGUCCAGUCCAAACCUCAAUCCUCACGAACGACCAUCUUUUAAGUAUUAUCUGCAGCCAGCAUCUGUUAUCAUCAAGCUGCUGCUGCUGCUACUAUAACCCUUCCCGCUAUCUGCCAUAUAAAUCGACCAAGACACACGGGUCGGCUCAAUUCAAGCUUUCCCGUUUGCAUGCAGCGUCACCUUCGUCGCCUCGCACUAACAAGGUCCGGAGACAUGUAGGGGAAUCAACGUACAACUACCAGUUGAGUAGUAACGUUAUGAAUCAAAUCAAGAACGGACAGACCAGGCUGCAUCAACGCCAAGCCCGGGCCAAGUCCCUCCAGACAAGGAAUCGGCCGUCUGCAUGUCAUCAGCAGGACACUUUUGCCAUAGCUCCACUUGCAGAUGCUAGGCUUCGAGUAAGAGGUAGUAUGGUAUACCCUACGUGCUUUGAUAUCUGCUACAGUAGAUGUUUGUUCUUUCAGAACUGUAGUUAUCUAACCUAAUGAUCUGCUCAAACGCAAUGAUUAUCUGUAAAUGAAGAGACAUGGUAGAGUAUACUAACUAAUCAACAAACCGGCUGACUUUAAUCCGGUUACACACAUGCUCAUCCUA